AGCGCCGUCGGUGAGUCUGAGCGAUAGAACGAACGUGUAGCCUGUCUCUGCGUCGGACUCCAGAUCGGUCUGGCCCGUGAGGCCAGUCGCAGAUAGCCCUCCCAUCCUGCUCCAGUCUUUGCUGCCUUUCUGUCGCCCCCAACUCCUGAACGCUGUGGCGAGACGUGAGCUCGACAGAGACCAGGCAGAAAGGCAAGGAAAAUGACGCAGAGCCCGACCCUCCAGUCCUCGAGCUUUGCGUGCCGGUGGGACUGGUGCCGCGCCACGUUCGCGACCCACACGUCGCUUGUCGACCAUGUCGUCGACUCUCACAUCAAGACUGCCCGGCCGGUGAAGAGGAAGGAGGUGCCUCUCAUAAGGAGAGCGGAGGAGGGCGACGGUACUGCUACAGAUAGUCUCCUUGCGAGCAGUGGGCCCGCAAAGUCCCCUUCCGUCCGAAAUGCGACAACCCCUGCCCGAUCGUUCGAAUCCCCGGCGGUGACCUUCCGCACGCCCUCCCCAUCCCGCGCUUACCACUCGCCAGCGCUAACGCCUCCCCCCAGCACCCCCCCUCGAUCCUCCCAAGCCCAGCGGUCUCCCAGACCGUCCUUCAACUACUAUGGUGCUCAAUCAUCCCCGGCGGAGACUGCGUCGACGCCUUCUGUCUCAGAGUCACCAGCCCUGGCGAACCUGGUCGCGAAUGCUAUCAACGAUCUUUCUGAAGACAGUUUGUCGAGCCGAAUACACGGGUCACCAGUACCCAAGGCUGCAAAACGACCCAGGACAGACGAUCCCGAAGUACAUGCCCCCGGCUCGCCCAGGGUCGAUCAGCCUCAUGCAGGUCCCUCGCCAGAGGCGAUGGAUGUAGAUACUUUGGACUCGUCCACUGUGGCAGCUGAUCUGUGGAGCAGCGCGAGGGAAGCUCAGUCCACUGAAGGGUCGGCGUCGCAGUCCGCUGCUUAUACCACGACGGGAGUUUUAUCCAUAGCUCCGUCGCAGAAUGUCAGAUCCGACGCACUCUCGAUAUCUGUGGUAUCCAGUACAACUUCGUCGCAGGACGUCGAGAGCCAGCUGACCCAGGACCUGGAAAUCCAACAGACGUCAUUGCAGCCCGAAGCGCGACCCGCGGACGCGGUCCUGCAGACCCUUUCAGGUGUAUCCCAGACUCUGCAGUCUUCGCAGUCCACCACUUUCUCGCCUACACCGCCGCGCCCCCAGGCAUGGUACCAAACUCACCCUUACCUCUCAUUUUCCCAGGCAUCGCAACCACACGGGAACAGCACGCCGCCGAGCGCACAGAACGCGCAUAAGACACCGUCAGGGCGGGUGCAUGUCCACGCGCACUCGCACCCGCACCACCCGUCCCCGUUCUUCCCCUUCCGCUCGCACACCGUGCGCAUAUCUCCUGGGCCGGCGCCGUCAACGGAUGCGAACGGCAGGCAAAAGGGCUCGUCGCCCAGGCCCGGCUCUGCGUCGGGCGAGCGGCCUGUGAUCCACGUCCACCACGUCCACCAUAAUCACCGCCACGACCAUCCGCAUCCGCAAGUACACCUACAAGCGAGUGGGAGCGAGUCGGGGGCCUCGACUCCGUCGCAGUCUACUGCCGCGUCGUCUGCUUUGGAGAAGGAGAAGAACCGGUCGCCGGGCGCGGAGACGCGGUUUGAUCAUGCUGCAGGCUCGGAUUCAGACAGCCAGGCGUCGCUGGGUGGAGGCGACACUCAAGCGAGCCUGCCGCUGCAUUUCCAGCUGCAGACGCAAGCACAGUAUCAGAGUCAACCAGAGAGCCAGAACUCGGCAAGAGAUGUCUGAAAAUCUGGCCACAUUAUGAAUAUGGGCUGCUUGGAAAUACUGCACUAUCUCCUUCAGAAUCAAGCACAUUAGAAAAUACUGGGUGGGGAUGCGUUUUGCUCUGUAUGUAGGAUUAUAAUCUGGUUUGCGGCGUCGUACUGUUCCCUUGGGGUCGGACUUUGCUGUUUAUCAACCGCAACUGCAACGAUAAACUGGGACUAGUUUACGCCAAGUCGAGCUCAGACCACCAUGUCAGAUAAACCACUUAGUGGGUGCCUAUUAGAAAUACAAUGUACUACACCACUGCAUGGGUUGUUUACGACUACAUUAAGACUGCCCAAUGGUGAGUACGUCCA